AUGGCGUUCAAGCUCCUGGCAUCUUUUGUCUCUGUCCUCGCGGCCCUCCAGCUCGCUAACGGUGCCGCCACCCGCAAGGUGACGUGCGCCGGCGGCCAGGUCACUGCCAACGCGGCGUGCUGUGCCCUCUUCCCCGUCCUCGAGGACAUCCAGACGAACCUUUUCGACGGCGGCGAGUGCGGUGAGGAGGUCCACGAGUCCCUCCGUCUCACCUUCCACGACGCCAUCGGCAUCUCGCCCGCCAUCGCCCGCACUGGAAAGUUCGGAGGUGGAGGCGCAGACGGUUCUAUCGCCAUCUUUGCGGACAUCGAGACGAACUUCCACGCGAACAACGGUGUGGACGAGAUCAUCGGCGAGCAGGCGCCGUUCAUCGCCCGCCACAACCUGACCACCGCCGACUUCAUCCAGUUCGCUGGCGCGAUCGGUGUGAGCAACUGCCCCGGCGCACCCCGCCUGAACGUCUUCAUCGGCCGCAAGGACGCGACGAAGCCGGCGCCCGACCUGACGGUGCCCGAGCCGUUCGACGAUGUGACCAAGAUCCUUGGGCGCUUCGAGGAUGCGGGCAAGUUCACCCCUGCCGAGGUCGUCGCUCUCCUCGCGUCGCACACGAUCGCUGCUGCAGACCACGUCGACCCGACCAUUCCGGGAACGCCAUUCGACUCGACCCCUGAACUGUUCGACACCCAGUUCUUCAUCGAGACCCAGCUCCGCGGCACGCUCUUCCCCGGCAACGGCAGCAACCAGGGCGAGGUCAUGUCUCCUCUCCACGGCGAGCUCCGUCUCCAGUCCGACGCUGAGCUUGCACGCGACGCCCGUACCGCCUGCGAGUGGCAGUCUUUCGUCAACAACCAGGCGAAGCUCCAGUCGGCGUUCAAGGCCGCCUUCGCGAAGAUGACGGUGCUCGGCCAGAACACGCGUGAGCUCAUUGACUGCUCCGACGUCGUUCCCACUCCGCCCGCCCCCGCGAGCGCCGCGCACUUCCCCGCCGGCCUCACGCACCGCGACGUUGAGCAGGCGUGCCGCCAGACGCCCUUCCCCGCCCUCCGCACGGACCCAGGACCCGCCACCUCCGUUGCCCCUGUCCCCCCGUCCUAA